AACCUCUGGUACAUACGCUCCUCCUCCCGUUUCCCCACCCCCAGCCCGCCGCGGCCCGAUAUCAACGUGUGGUCCGGUCAGGGGAACCGUGCGUACCUCGUGCUCCCGGGACACCGCUGGUGUUCCCGGCUCUAACCAUGGAGAUGGAGCAAGUGAACGCGCUGUGCGAGGAGCUAGUGAAAGCGGUGACGGUCAUGAUGGACCCCAGCUCUACCCAGCGCUACCGGCUGGAAGCCCUCAAGUUUUGUGAAGAGUUUAAAGAAAAGUGCCCCAUCUGUGUCCCAUGCGGCUUGAAGCUGGCUGAAAAGACUCAAAUUGCUAUCGUCAGACAUUUUGGCCUUCAGAUCCUGGAGCACGUUGUCAAGUUUCGAUGGAACAGCAUGUCUCGGUUGGAGAAGGUCUAUCUGAAGAACAGUGUCAUGGAGCUGAUUGCAAAUGGAACACUGAGUAUUUUGGAGGAAGAGAACCACAUUAAAGAUGUUCUGUCUAGAAUUGUGGUAGAGAUGAUCAAACGAGAGUGGCCGCAGCACUGGCCUGACAUGCUCAUGGAGUUGGAUACUCUCUCCAGGCAAGGGGAAACCCAGAGGGAAUUAGUGAUGUUCAUCCUUUUGCGACUGGCUGAAGAUGUAGUGACCUUUCAGACACUCCCCACUCAAAGAAGAAGGGAUAUUCAGCAAACAUUAACGCAGAACAUGGAAAGAAUCUUGAAUUUUCUACUCAAUACGCUUCAGGAAAAUGUAAACAAGUACCAGCAAAUGAAGACGGAUGCAUCUCAGGAGGCAGAGGCUCAAGCCAACUGUCGAGUCAGCAUCGCUGCACUGAACACUCUCGCGGGCUACAUUGACUGGGUGUCUCUGAACCACAUCACUGCUGAGAACUGUAAACUCGUGGAGACGCUGUGCCUGCUUCUCAAUGAGCAGGAGCUGCAGUUAGGAGCUGCCGAGUGUCUGCUCAUUGCAGUCAGCAGAAAGGGCAAGCUGGAGGACCGGAAGCGCUUGAUGAUCCUGUUUGGAGACGUUGCUAUGCACUACAUCCUCUCGGCUGCACAGACUGCAGAUGGAGGAGGCUUGGUAGAAAAACACUACCUCUUCCUGAAGAGACUUUGUCAGGUGUUAUGCGCACUGGGAAAUCUGCUGUGUUCCCUGCUGGCCCUAGAUGCUAACAUACAAACGCCAGUGAACUUUGGAAUGUACCUGGAAUCUUUUCUUGCUUUCACAACUCACCCAAGUCAGUUUCUACGGUCUUCAACCCAUAUGACGUGGGGAGCCCUCUUCAGGCAUGAAGUUCUGUCCCGUGAUCCGUCACUGUUAGCAGUAAUACCAAAAUACCUUCGUGCUUCUAUGACAAACUUGGUCAAGAUGGGCUUUCCUUCUAAGACAGACAGCCCCAGCUGUGAAUAUUCCCGAUUUGAUUUCGACAGUGAUGAGGACUUCAAUGCUUUCUUCAACUCUUCCCGAGCCCAGCAUGGAGAGGUGGUGAGGUGCGUGUGUCGACUGGAUCCGAAGACUAGCUUCCAGAUGGCGGCAGAAUGGCUCAAGUAUCAGCUGUCAGCUGCUAUCGACACUGGACCUGUGAACUCAUGUUCUACAGCUGGAACUGGAGAGGGAGGCUUCUGCUCCAUCUUCUCACCUUCAUAUGUGCAGUGGGAAGCUAUGACUUUUUUUUUGGAAAGCGUGAUCAACCAGAUGUUUCGAACACUAGGAAAAGAAGAACUCCCAGUUAAUGAUGGGAUAGAACUGCUGCAGCUGGUUUUGAACUUUGAGAUCAAGGAUCCCCUGGUCCUAUCCUGUGUCCUCACCAAUGUCUCAGCACUCUUUCCAUUUGUCACAUACAAGCCUGCGUUCCUGCCCCAGGUCUUCUCUAAGCUCUUUUCGUUUGUUACUUUUGAAUCUGUGGGGGAAAGUAAGGCCCCCAGGACUCGGGCAGUCAGGAACGUAAGGAGACAUGCUUGCUCCUCCAUCAACAAGAUGUGUCGGGACUACCCAGACCUUGUUCUGCCCAAUUUUGACAUGCUCUAUAGCCAUGUGAAGCAGCUCCUCUCCAAUGAGCUACUCCUGACCCAGAUGGAGAAGUGCGCCCUCAUGGAGGCCCUGGUUCUAGUUAGCAACCAGUUCAAGGAUUAUGAGCGUCAGAAGUUAUUCCUAGAGGAGCUGAUGGCACCGGUGGUCAGCAUCUGGCUUUCUGAAGAAAUGUGCAGAGCGCUGUCGGACAUUGACGCCUUCAUUGCCUAUGUGGGUGCCGAUCUGAAAGGCUGUGACCCAGCUGUGGAGGAUCCCUGUGGCCUGAACCGUGCACGAAUGAGUUUUUGCGUGUACAGCAUUCUGGGAGUUAUGAGACGGACUAGCUGGCCUUCCGACCUAGAAGAAGCCAGAGCUGGGGGGUUUGUGGUGGGUCACACGCCCAGUGGGAACCCGAUCUUCCGGAACCCCUGCACAGAGCAGAUCCUCAGACUUCUGGACAAUCUGCUUGCCCUUGUAAGAACUCACAAUACUUUAUAUACACCGGAAAUGCUAACCAAAAUGGCAGAGCCUUUCACCAAGGCUCUGGAUAUAGUUGAAUCUGAAAAAACGGCAAUAUUAGGAUUACCUCAGCCUCUCUUGGAAUUCAAUGACCACCCUGUCUAUAGAACCAUUUUGGAAAGGAUGCAGAGGUUCUUCGGCAUCCUCUAUGAAAACUGUUACCAUAUCCUAGGGAAGGCAGGCCCUGCCAUGCAGCAGGAUUUCUAUACUGUGGAGGACCUGGCGACCCAGCUCCUCGGCUCGGCCUUUGUCAACUUGAACAAUAUUCCUGACUUCCGGCUCAGAUCUAUGCUUCGUGUCUUCGUGAAGCCCCUUGUGCUCUUCUGUCCCCCGGAACACUAUGAAAGCCUGAUCUCCCCCAUCCUUGGACCUCUCUUCACCUACCUCCACAUGAGGCUUUCUCAGAAGUGGCAUGUCAUCAAUCAGAGGAGCGUGCUGUGUGGAGAAGAUGAGAUUGCAGAGGACAACCCCGAGUCUCAGGAAAUGCUGGAGGAACAGCUGGUGAGGAUGCUAACCCGAGAAGUCAUGGACCUAAUCAUGGCUUGCUGUGUGUCAAAGAAGACUGCCGACCACACUGCGGCUCCCACUACAGAUGGGGAUGAUGAAGAGAUGAUGGCCACUGAGGCAGCCCCGUCAUCUGUGGUGGAGCUCACAGACCUGGGCAAGUGCCUGAUGAAGCAUGAGGAUGUUUGCACAGCACUAUUAAUCACAGCAUUUAAUUCUCUGACCUGGAAGGACACUCUCUCUUGCCAGAGGGCGACCACACAGCUCUGCUGGCCCCUCCUCAAACAGGUGAUGUCUGGGACCCUGCUCGCAGACGCUGUCACGUGGCUCUUCACCAGCGUGCUGAAAGGGCUGCAGAUGCAUGGGCAGCAUGAUGGGUGCAUGGCUUCCCUGGUCCACCUGGCCUUCCAGAUAUACGAGGCACUGCGUCCGAGGUACCUAGAGAUAAGAGCUGUGAUGGAGCAGAUCCCUGAAAUCAACAAGGAGUCUCUGGACCAAUUUGACUGCAAGCUUUUAAACCCCUCCCUUCAAAAAGCAGCUGAUAAACGCCGGAAGGACCACUUUAAACGUCUCAUCGCUGGCUGCAUUGGGAAACCCUUGGGUGAACAGUUCCGGAAAGAAGUUCACAUUAAGAACCUUCCCUGGCUUUUCAAAAAACCCAAACCAAUGCUGGAGACAGAAGUGCUGGACAGUGAGGAGGGUGGACUGGCCACCAUCUUUGAACCCUGAAUCAAGCUUUUGGGCAUCCUUC